GUGUGGUGUAGUUUAAAAAUAUUGUUAUAAUAAAGAGUGAUGGAAAAGAAAAACUCUGAAAGAGAAAGAAAAAAGACUACAUCUGAAAUUGACAAAACUCAAAAAAAACUUCUCGAUUCAAAAACUUCAAUCAAAAAAACAUCAACCGGUACAAGCAAAACCCAAUUGUUUGAUUCCUCCACAAAUAAUGUCGACAAAACAAGUAUCAACAAAAAAUCCACAUCACAAAAGGAGAAAACAACAACAGAUCUGCAAAAAAAGGAAAAAGUUAGUAAAUCUAUUAUACAAAACGGUUCUAAAACAAGACUCGAUAAAGAUAAAGAUAAAGAUGUUUCUAAAACAAAGGUAGAAGGUAAGAAAAUUGAUACAAGUAAAAUUAAAAACGUGCAAGCAGAUAAAAAGUAUGCAAAAGUACCAAUAAACUCAAAAGAAAACUCUUUCGUUGAUCAAGUGCCUUAUAAUGCAACAAAAACUAAGUUAGUUAAACCUAAAGUCGAUGAUAAAACAGGUUUAGAUAAAAAGAAACGUAUCGUAGCUGAUAAAUUGAAAAAUGGUGAUGCAAAAGUCAGUUCGUCGAAGAAAAAAGAUAGAGUUAUGGCUACUCAUACAAAUGUUACUGUACAGUCGCCUGUUCAUUCGAAACAGAACUCUUUGGUUGAAGAUUUGUCACAAAAUUAUAAUGAAGUGUCUUCUAUGUAUAAAUCGACACCAGAAGCUUUUGGUGACAACAUAAAAGUGUCUUCUAAGACAAAAUCAAGACCAGAAGAUCUUGGAGACAACAUAAAAGUGUCUUCUAAGACAAAAUCGAUACCAGAAGCCUUUGGAGACAAUAUAAAAGUAUCUUCUAAGUCAAAAUCGUCCUCAGAUAACACAGAAGUGCCUUCUUCUUCAAAACCAACACCAGAAUCUCUCCGUACCAACACCGAAGAGUCUUCUAUCUUUGCACCUAAAAAACUGAAGCGUGAAAAAACCCUGAUCCUGGAAACAAACGAAAUAAAGAUCCUAAAAAAUAUAAGCUACACCAUCGACUUGGACAACCCGGAUGCAGAAAUAUCUUUAACAAAUUAUCCAAACGAUGACGAAAAUUACGACUACGAGGACGAUUUUGAAAGUUACGAAUCAGAUUUCGAAUCUUGUAGCUCCAGUUCACCAGAAAACCAGGAAGAAGACAUAACUGGGACCGACCAGGAGGAAGAUAACGAAAAUUUAUCAUCUAAUAACAAUUUAGAUAGUUCUAAGGAUAACGCAUCUAAUAAAGAUGGUACUUUUAAAGACUCUGGUGCGUCAAAAGUUUUUACCCAAGACGAGGAACGUAAAUUGGAUUCUGGUAAUUUUGAUUUGCCUUCUAAACCGACUUUAAGUUCACCACCUACGUUAACAGACAUCAACGAAACCGACAACGUGGUUGAUGAAGGAUUUGCUGAACAAUCCAAUCCCAAAAGUGAUCUUUUAACUGAAGAAUCAUCAUUAGGUGAUGAUAUUGUUGUCCAUUACGUCGAAAUGCAACCUUUAACUUACAAAGAAUUCAUGGACAAUAGUCUUCACCAGGAAUCGCUACAAAUACAAGAAAAUCAAGAUAUGAACAUCGAUGACCUUUACCCCAUACCUCGUUACAUCACCGAAACUGAUAACGCCUUAAAUCGGGACUUUCCCGUAGACUUUCCCAAACUGAAUACUUUCCUAAGAAAAGCCGCAAAAGAAGUUCUGUCUUGUUUAGAAGAACAGUUGCAGCCGAAAUUGAAGCACAAUAAAGAAAACCUGGAUUUUAGCGAAGGAUAUUAUAAAAUGCACCAAGAUUUAUUCAAAGGAAUUCCUGCCAGUUGUUUGUGUUUUCAAAACAACAACAAAUUUUUGGCAGCAGCUUUUAAUGAAGUCAAUUUGAAAAACGAGAGGCGCAAUGCUUUGGAUUUGGGUUCUGGGGAUGAUAUCGAUAUAAGGUAA